UCUUGCUGUAUGCAAAUUUGGUUGGUCUCCUCUGAUUGGCUGGGCUGGGUUUAUGACCUUGAGAGUUUGCAAUGACAAUAAUUGUUUUUCUGCUUGACAACAGCGCAGCAAUGAAUCAGCGCACAUUUCAAGGUACUACGCUACUGGAUGUUGCUAAGUCUGCUACGGAGAUUUUCUUCAAAGUUUGUUGUUUGUUUCUAGCUUUGACUAUUCAUAGGUAAGAAUGAGUAAGUCAAGAGUAGAUCGUUACUUCGUCCUCACUUUGAAUGCUGAGCCAAAUUAUAUCAAGCUUACUGGGUGGAAACAAAAUGUUGAUCUUCAGUUACUUCAUUCCGCUUUAAAUAACAUUAAACCAGAUGGACAAAUUGAUUUAUCAACGGGAAUACAACGAACAUUUCGCAUGCUUAAUAUCAAUAGACUACAACUGGGAUUGGAAAAUUAUGGAAUGGGAAUUUAUCCAUCAUGUAUCGAACCUGCUGUCGUAAUAUGCAUUACGGGUAGUGUCAACGCAUGCUAUCUGAAUGAACAUGUUAAAGAUGCUUCUAUGGCUUCUGUAGAAUCAGCUGUUUUGGGAACUGUUUUGACUAAGGAUCCUUACCGUUGGGAUUACCGUCUCUACUCAUUAGUACUGCGUUACCCGGCGUUUGUUAGUAACCUUUCUGCUGGUAAUUUUCCAAAACCGGAAAUAGACUCACCACUUAAAAGGUUUACCGAAGAAACUGGUGGUGAGAACUUUGAUGUCUAUGAUGGUCGAGAACUUCAUCAGUGUAUUGAGUCACUUGUUGCGAAAUGUCAACCAGCUGUAGUUUUAAAAGUACUAAAGUCCGGUGAAAAUGUGGGUGGUGAUUCUUAUGAAAAACAUAUAAGGCAGCUUAUGAUAGUCAAAUUAAUGGGAAGAGUAUCUUCUUGGCCAAUCCCAGAACCUUUUUGGGCCGAAGAAGAAACGAUUACAUCUCAGUUGCCCUCUAGGAGUGCUCAUCCUGAAAUCCUUGUGUCAAAAGUUGCUGUGUCCGAACCUGAGUUACCGGAGUUCUUCCCCGUAGAUCGAUAUGAACUAGUACCAUCGUGCUUUACAAAGGAGUUGUUAAACUCAUCAGAACAAAAUUUGGUUUGGCGUUGCUUUAGUUGUGGUAUCAAGAAGAACCAAAGUGCUCCGUUCGGUUACCUGAAGGCAUCUAACGAUUUACAGUCAGUACAUCUACAUGUUCUUCCCUACAACUAUCCAGUUUUCUUGCAGCUUCUUGCUAACAUCUGUGAUCAUAAACGCAUGACGGAAACAUGGGGACAUCAGUUCGUAAAUUACCUAGGGAGCAUACCAAAAUACUAUUUUAUGCCUUUAUCUAAAUCUUUUGAAAGAAUAGGGUUCGCCGGUAUGAUCAAACCGGAAGCUAUUGAUCGUGCACUUCCAUAUCAGUUAAAACAUUCUUUGCAGAAGCUUCGUCAUUCAGCUAAAAUGGAAUAUGAUAAUUUCGUGCGUUUGACUCAAGGCGACUGUGCAGUGAAUUUAUCAGUGACUUUGCCGCCAGCUCUGCUUCCAUUACCAUUAUGGCCACUACGAGAAUUUAAAUCUGUGUACAACAAACCUCAACGGUCACGAUUAAACUCCUGUCUCCGACCAUGCAACAUAUCUCGAUGCAAGCUUCGCAUAGUUUUGGGGAGAAUGAGACACGAUCUUGAUAAUCUACUAAGUGGAAAGGUAAACAACCGAUCUGACAAUCUGUCCCAUCAACAACCGGUUGCCUUGAUGGGUGACUACGUAAACUAUAGGAAUACUCGAGAUAUUGAGGCACCUUUGCGAGAAAUAAAUCCAAGUCCUGAACGUUCAGACACAUUUGGGAACCCAUUUCGCCGAAAAUCUACUUCUUUCAUUGCAGAUGAAGGUUUCGUUGAUGAAAUGGAUUCUCUGCAUUUAAAUUCUUGUAGUCCGAAUACAGCAUUGCUCAAUCACGCACGGAGGAAGUCUGCACAAGUAACAAAAAGUCCCCAAAUGAGGACCAAAGGUCCCCUACCCUCUUACAUUAAUCACAUAAACUGGAGGUGUUUCUCACCAAAGUCAUCACCGUCAUCAUCUCCAAGGUCCACUGAAGGGGUUUCUUCUGAUGAGAAAUACAAUGGGAUCUCAUCUCCUGUAUAUACUGAGAAUUCUUUCUCAUCAACUGAACAUAUUUUUCCGAAGUCCACUAAUCAGCCUGUCUUUGAGCUCUCAGAUAUGAAGACGGCUACUUCAUCACCAUUGGAAGCUUUCAAAUUCAACAAACAGAUCGUGCAGGAAUUAAUUCGUCUCGUCAGGCAACCCUAUUCCAGUGAGUUUCUUUUAAUUUGGAUUUAUUCUAUUUCUGUUUCGACAUCUAAUGUGGUUAUUUUUCACUUAGUAGAUACAGUUGUAUUAUUCGACCGAAUGAAUGAACUUACUGGUUCAACAGGACAGAGGGAUGCUGUUGUUUCGAUUUUGAUGUCAGAAGCAUUGCGAUUCAGGAGAUCAUGUUUAUACUUGUUGUUAAACGAUUGGCGGACAUGGAUGCUUCGAAGUAGCAAUUCAAAAGAUCGUGUUCUUUUGCAGGGGCCAAAACAAGUGUCUACUAAAAUGAACCAUAUUGAGUUGAAUGGAUGGUCUUGAUUACCUCCACACUUACUACAAUCCCGUUUGAUCAUUUUUGUACAAACUUGUCCAUAUCAUUCUUCCAGAUGUAAAUAACCGAAGAUGUAACAUAAUUUUCUCCUUGUAAAUGGUUGAUAGUCGUCGUGAUUGUGAAAGACUGAUGUAUAAAGCCAUUACUUAAAGAGGUUUAAAUCAUAUCAAUUUGUACAUUGGUUAGUUUCUACGCUUAAAAUAUAAUCAGACAAGUACCAAAUUCUAUAUUUCUAAUUGUCAUUGGUUAUAUAUGUCGCUUAUGGUGUCUUCGACAUUAGUUUUAGGUUCAACUGAACUGUA